GCGAGCAUGCCGUUCGCGUCGCAAGCGAAUGCUACCGCCGUCGCCAUCGUCGUCGCCGUCGCCGUGAUACGCCGUCCGAUGGUACCGGUUUAAAAGCUAGACGGACCCGACCAGCUCUAAAGCUUCUCACGCCUCUCGGAGAGACACGGCUGGCUCUUUCGCUCGCUGGCGUCAGUGCAUCGCGCGCCGCCGUCGCGAAAGCGCACGUUUUCGCUUCGCUUUUAAGGCCCCGAUAGAUCCCGAGCGACAGCUCGGCAGGAUCUUUUUUUUUCCUUUCGGAGCAGCCUCCGUCGUUUCGGAGCAACCUCUCUCGCGCGAGAGGCGACAUCGCUAACCCGCUCGCGCGGCGGCGCAUUCUCGUCCCUUUCUCUGGCCCCUUCUCUCGCGAAUCUCUAGUCACCCCGGACUAUCCCUGUCUUCUUCCUUCCGUCCGGUUCUCCCUUUGCCACCCGCGCCUUUGUCCGUCUCUCUCUCUCUGUCCUUUUUCCCCCUUGAUCGCCGUCGUCGUCGUGAGCACGCGCGCGCUCUAGUCGCUUCUUAUUGAAGAAGCUCGUGUAAGUUUCACGUGAAGCCCUUCGCAAAGAGCCGGAGAGAGAGAGAGAGAGAAAGAGAGAGAUCCUCAUCAUCAUCAUUGACGCAGCCAUGGCGCGCGAGGAACAUCGGUGGUGCUUCUUCCUUCAUGGCGCGAACGGACGGCAAAGGCCGAUGCGAGUUUCGCUGCUGCUGGUCGUCCUGUGUGCGCUUCUGGCUGGAUCCUUGACGGUGGUCGCCCAGCACGAUGAAUAUUACAAGUACCUUAGAUUGAUGGACGACUGUUGUUCCUUUGAUCAUCGAUCUUUGGAAAUCAGAUUGAUCAACCAUGAGAAUGUGAGGACACGCCGGGAGACACCCGGAGAUAAAACGGUGGUGACGACCGACCAGAAGGACGAGUCAGCCAAGGAUCAACCGUUGGCGCAGCCGCAACAACAGCAACCGCAGCAACAGCAACAACAAGCGUCGCAACUGGCGACAUCGACCACGACCAACUCAUCACACGACGUACAGUAUGUAGCUUACUCGACUAGCGAAGCUACCGUUCAAGUCAAGCCCACCGACGCUAUUUCCACUGUCCAAGCAUCCAAGGACGCCAACGUCACUUCCGUCCCCAAACAGGACAUCAACAAGAAGAAGGUGGCAUCGCAACCAGUGAAAGCCGAUGAUACAGCGACAUUGAACGAUUGGAUGAAUCGCACAUUGGCGAGUCGCAACAUCAGCCUUUCCAAUAAGGAGCAAUUAUCAUCGGAUGGCAAGACCAAUCAGACGAAGGAAGCGGAAAUAGUGAAGGAUACGACAAGCGGCACCGAGGACGUCGACAAACACGACGACAUCGGCGACAUCUCCAUCAGCAAUAUCUCUGAUGUAACCAACAUCACGCUCGCGCAGAACAACAUCACCAAGACGAUCUACGACACGCAUCAGUAUUACAACAGCACCUUCAUCGUCGACGCCGAGAUCUGCAAGAAGUAUUGGGUCGACUUGGACAAUCAUCCGGAACUCAGAGUCAAUCAUCUGCUCAGUAAAAGUCAUCGACGCGCCGCGACUGUCAAGUUGAAGUUCGAUUUCCCUUUCUACGGAUACAACGUGCGCAACAUCACCAUCGCCACCGGCGGUUUUCUGUACACUGGCGACUACGUGCACAGCUGGCUAGCAGCCACCCAGUACAUCGCACCGCUCAUGGCGAAUUUCGAUACCCGCCUGUCGAAUUACAGUUAUGUCAAGUACGCUGACAACGGCACGGCGUUUACGGUCGAAUGGGAGAAGGUGGUGCUACACGACCACCCACAAUCCGGCGCGUUUACUUUCCAGGUGACCUUGCAUCAGAAUGGCGACAUCGUGUUCGUCUACUCGAUGAUACCGCUGGUGAUCGAGCGGAUCGAGGACACGAUGCAUCCCGUCAAGGUCGGUCUCAGCGACGCUUACAUUAUGGAUCGGACUGUAUUCUUUGUGCGCCGAAAGACCAUCUACGAGUACCAUCGCGUAAACUUCAACCGACAAGACAUAAUGAACUGUACGGUCAUCUACUUGAAAGCUUUGCCCACGUGCCUCAACUUCGACAACUGUUGGGACUGCCUGACGAAGGUGCCUGGUUUUGACUGCAAAUGGUGCUCGGAUCUGAACAAAUGCAGCACCGGCACGUCCCGACAUCGGCAGGAGUGGCUGCUCAAGGGCUGCGACGUCCGUAAUAUCAAAGAGGAGAAUAACUGUCCGGCGCAAAUCACGACUUACAGGGGUGAGGAAUACGAUCAUGACGGUCACGUACAUCCCGAAAAGCCGAUCACUGCCAACGAGAUAAGCGCCAAGCAGGAGAGACACGAUAGCAGUCCCUUAAAUAACACGACUCCAAACAAUAUGAAUAUGGGCGUCUCGGGAAUAAUCGGCAUUCUCACCAUCAUUGCUUUAGUAGCGGGUCUCGCGGGUUGGGGCAUGUAUGCCUAUCGCAACCCCCAUAGCACAUCGGGACAAAUGCUAAUCAGGUAUCGUCCGAGCCAAUGGAGCUGGCGAAGAGGCGAGGCCCGUUACACGGCCGCGACCAUUCAUAUGUGAUGAGGUGUCGACGGAGAUCAAGUCACAGUCAACUGCGAAACUGUCGGACCAAACUUCCUAUUAACUGUACAGCGUAUCGAGUUUGCGCACAUAUAUAAAACGUCUACGACGACGCGCAGAACUCGUCAGGCUUGUAUUCAAUCGCAUAAAUACGGACAAUCAUUUCCAUUUCAUUUACGACGACACGUGGAAUCGAUUCACGCCAACAAGCAGCAAGAGAACGUUUUAUUUUAUCUUUUUCUUUCGGAAAAAUAUUUGAUUAUAACAUAUAAAAGUUAUGGUAUAUUUUUUACUUACAUGUACAAUAUAUGAGACUAUAUCUCGUACGCGAAUAAUUCAAGAAUAAUUAAAAUUGAUCGAGGGAAAAUUUAUUUUGUUGAAAAUCUGACAUUUAUUUGCUUAGACGAGUUUGCGAAGUUUCCAACGAUUGCGAAUGAUUUGAUGUGACAUAAAUUAAUGUCCAAGAGAUCGCUCCGCACGAUCGAAUGUAUCGAAUGGAGUUUUCGAUAGGUGUUUUCAGAAUAUUUUCAAAAUGCAAUCGAUGAUCCAAGUUGCAGAGAUGGGAGAUAUUGGAAGAAAAUGACUCGCGACGGUUUUUCGCAAUGUAUUAUAUGAUAAUACGAUCGUAUAAUAUAUCGGGGUACGGACGAUUUCUGAGAUCACUUGCCCGUCCGUCGAGCAUUUAUGUGAUUCUUAACAGCACAUGGUACAUUUUGUUAUUGUUUAAGAAUUCGUUUUUCUUUUUUAUCGUUAGACAAAUUGCAAUAAUUGUUUUAUAUACGUAAUAUUCGCACGGCAAAGAGAGAAACGUUUAAAAAAAAAUAAAAAAAAGGAAAAAAAGUUUUCGAACAUUUCGAACGUUCCGAGCUAGCGUGUUGAAACUACAGUUUGAUGAAUAUCUCGACUGAAUGUCCUCGAGUAAUCGAUAAAAAAAGAAAUAUAUUUCGAUUCAGAAUUGAAACUGAUUGAAAAUUCAUCCUUAAAAUUAUUUACACGUUAUUGUAUACACAUUCCAAAGUAUAUCUAUAAUUUCGAAAUCUACGAAGCUAUGUACAAACUGUAAUUUCAUCGGCGCAAUUUAUAUUACAUAUAUA